UACUUUUUGUUUUAUCUGCAGAGUGCCGAAAUGAGCCCAGCAAGUAGCAUCCAUUCAAUUCCUGUCAGUCCGAGCUCUGAAAUGCCAUUUCCUUUUAAGGAUUUAAUGAAAGAUGAAAAUUCAAUGUUAAAACUUCAGCUUAAGGAGAAAGAUGAUACGAUUUCUCAUCUGCGGGACGAACUGGAAAAAGCACAACAUUUACACAGAGUCCUUGGCUACAGAAUGGACAGAAUGGACAAGUCCACACAGACAGAAUUUAUUGCCCGUGAUCAGCUCAGCGAUCCUCCCAAGGCAGAAGACCCCUGGAAAUGCAGACAGCCAUACAAAAUCAGGAACUGCAGCAGUGAUGGAGAAAAAUGAAUUCAAAAUGAACAUUAAUGUCUCCAAUUAUAAUUUAAAGAAGUGAAAAAUAAAAUGAUGCACAUAUAUGUAAACGGUUUUACUGUAAUAUAAUUAAACUGUCUGUACCCAACUUUGUUUUUGAAUUCUUUUGAUGCCAAUGCCUCAUAAAUAUUUAAGAGUAUCUCGAUAACUGUCAGAUAAGUAAGAAGAUGCCUAGAUGGUACACACCUCUGGCAAAGCAAUCGCAUGUAAAAUGUUGGCAGAGAAAGACUGGCUUUGACAUCUCAGGAUCAAAAGCAACAUUUUUAAGUUUUGUACAAAGCAAUAUUUUUGUAUAAAAAGUAGCAUCAAUAAAGACUGCAUUAUAAUGUAA